UCCAGCCCUUUUAUAAAAGGGUUUUACCCAUCCAACAUUUAAAUGGGGCGGGCUUUUAAAGGGCUAUUAAAUAAUGGGCUUUAAAGGGUUGGGUCUAAGUUAAAAAGGGCUGAAAUUAGAUAACACUUAUGAGGCUUUUUUAUCCUAAAUUUUCUGUUUAUUUCUAAAACUUUCUAAUGUCAGUUUCAAAAAAAAAAAAAAUCCCUUUAAAAAUCCUCUAUUUCCCCCAAAUGAUGAACCCUAAAAAAAUUCCCAAAUUCUAAAUCUUCAAUUUAUCACCUUCUUGCUUGCCGCUCUCAAUCGUUGAUUCCGUCAUAUCAUUUCAAUUACCAAGCAACUACAACGUCAAUGCCGGUAGAUGAUGAGGUUGAUGAAUCUAAUGUCGCCCGUAAGCGUAAAAGGAGUAGGAAAUCUAAAGUUUGGCGAGAAAUGACGGAAGGAACGAAUGCAAAAGGUGAGCGAAUCGCUAUUUGUAAGCAUUGUAAAGUGGAGUUAAUUGCCCACAAUAAUACUUUUAACUUGUUGGGUAAGACCCUUUAUAAUUCUCUUAUAUUGUGUUUACUUUCUGGUGGUUGUACCUUGUUUAUACAUUUUUAAAUGGGCCGGGUCGGGCUUAUGGCCCAUGGACAAGUUCAGCCCAUUUUGAAUUAGCCUUGGCCCGGCCCAACCCGGCCCAUUUCAUAUAAAGCACUGCCCGGCCCGGCCCGUUGAACAGGUCUCUGAAAUAUUGACCUGUUACAGCCCAAACCCAAAUCAUACUUCGGCCCGAUUCAAUUCUUACAUAAUCACACCUGGGCGGCUUGGCGCGACUCACUCAAAAAACACACCAAAAUUAUAUACCUGACAAACUUCUGGUGUUGUUUUCAGGAGAGAGAGAGAGUGUGUGUGUGAGUUUUUCAGGAGUGAAAGCGAGACUUUCUUCUUCUUUUUUUUUCUUUUUUUUAGGGUUCCUCCUUUCACAAGUUUUCGGAUCUGAUCAACAAUGGCGGAUUCCGAUGUCGGUAAACUAUUCGUCGGCGGAAUUUCUAGGGAUACUUCCGACGCUAAUUUACGGGAUUACUUUGGCAAAUAUGGCGAAGUUUCUUCCUCCAUUGUUGUUAAAGAUCGUCUCACUAAUACACCUCGAGGUUUUGGGUUUGUCACUUUCGUUGAUCCUUCUUCCGUUGACGAUGCUCUUCGUGUUCAACACGUAAUUUCGGGUAGACCGGUAGAAGUGAAAAAAGCUAUACCAAGACAUGAACAACAGUCAAAUACUCAACAAUCGCAACAACAGCAAUCGCCUCAUCGGCAGCAAUUGCCGGGGCAAGGGUACUCUCAUACAACUAAAGGGUUUGUUAGGAAUUACAGUAAUGGUAGUUAUGGUGCUAGCAACAGUGGUCUUACCCAUAAAACUAAGAAAAUAUUUGUAGGGGGUUUAUCUGCUGAUCUAACUGAGGAGGAAUUUAAGAAGUACUUUGAGAAGUUUGGUAGGAUUACAGACGUAGUUGUGAUGUAUGAUAACUCCAAUAACAGGCCUAGAGGAUUUGGGUUUAUCACUUUUGAUUCUGAAGAGGUGGUUGAAAAACUGAUGCAAAAGAGUCACCAUGAGUUGAACGGAAAGCGUGUGGAGGUUAAGAGGGCUGUUCCGAGGGAGGCAACCAAGAGCUCUAACAAUGGAAAUAAUAGAUUUGGUGGUGGGAGGUACUCCCCUGCUGCUGGCGGUGGUCACUUGGAUGAUAACAAUUGGUCGAGAGGUCCUGGGUAUUUCUAUGGCGGUGCAUAUCCUGUUGGUGGGUACGGUAUAGUUGGUUAUGGGAUGCCUAUGGCUCCUAGAACCCCAUGGAAUAAUUAUGGGGCGAUGAUGGGCGUUCGACCUUUGCACUAUGGAACUGGCUAUUAUCCAACUGGAAAUGGCGGGGUUGCUUUGCUGGGAAUGUUUAAUGGUUAUAACGGAGUUGUAGAUACUGGAGGCAAUGUAAAACUGGAUGAGAAUACCAAUGGAAAUUCUCAGGUGCCUAUCAAAGAUGGUAGUCGUCACAUUAAAGGAGCUGUGAAUGUCAAGAAGAAUUCAAGGAUCCCUGAUGUGCAAGUGCAAGCAAAGGUGGUGCCUCCUGUGGGUCAAUCUAGCUGACCAAAUUCCACUUGUAUCCACAAAUGUUCAUGAUUCAUACAUUGAAGGAGGAGUUGAGGUUGUUUUGUAGUCUCUGCACUAUUCUACUUUAGUUACCUCCUUCCUUUUUCUGUCUAUUCAACUGAUAUAUAUAUAGAUCUUUUCUUUUUUUUUGUUCAUUUUAAUAAAUUUUUAGUACAGGAUUCAAAUUUUGUAAUAUAAGUAGUUCCUAAUUGCGGAAAUUCAAUCAUAUGCCACUGCUAUAUUUUUAUU